CGGAUCCUCCUUCUCCCCCUCCUCCUCCCCCUUCCUCUCACCCCUUACCCUGACCCCCUCCCCGCCUCUCCGGCCCCCCCUCACCCCGACCCUCUCCCCGGCCCCCGCCUCCCCUCCCCCGCCUCGCCCCACCGGCUUCCCACCACGGCCUCUCUCGGCGAGGAAACUCUGGCCUCCGCUUCCUCCUCCUCCGACUCGGACACCGGCGGAGCCUCCCCGCCCCCGCGGAAGAAACCCCGAGCCUCGGCGGCGGAGGGAGCAGGAGAGCCCGGGGCUUCGGCAGGCAGAGCAGGCCUCUCCCCUCCGUCCUCGUCGUCCUCGUCCUCGUCGUCGUCGUCCUCCUCCUCCUCCUCCUCCGUGGUGGUAGUGGUGGGACUCCCCCCGGCUGCUGCCCCUUCCGCCGCCGCUGCCGUCCCCCACCGAAGUAGCGGCCACAGCCUGGUCAGCGGCAGCAUCAUGCAGGCCAACGGGGCAGGAGGAGGAGGAGGAGGUGGCGGCGGCGGCGGUGGAGGAGGAGGAGGGGGCGGCGGGGGCCAGGGACAGACCCAGGAACUCGCCUGCCUGUCGGCCCAGAACGGGGAGUCGUCCCCCUCGUCGUCGUCGUCCGCGGGGGACCUGGCCCACGCCAAUGGGCUCCUGCCUUCCGCCCCCUCCGCCGCCAGCAACAAUAGCAACAGCCUGAAUGUCAAUAACGGGGUCCCCGGCGGGGCCGCCGCCGCAGCCUCCGCCACCGUCGCAGCUGCCUCCGCCACCACUGCCGCCUCCUCUUCCUUGGCCACCCCAGAACUGGGCAGCAGCCUCAAGAAGAAGAAGCGGCUCUCCCAGUCAGAUGAGGAUGUCAUUAGGCUAAUAGGACAGCACUUGAAUGGCUUAGGGCUCAACCAGACUGUUGAUCUCCUCAUGCAAGAGUCAGGAUGUCGUUUAGAACAUCCUUCUGCUACCAAAUUCCGAAAUCAUGUCAUGGAAGGAGACUGGGAUAAGGCAGAAAAUGACCUGAAUGAACUAAAGCCUUUAGUGCAUUCUCCUCAUGCUAUUGUGGUAAGAGGCGCACUUGAAAUCUCUCAAACGUUGUUGGGAAUAAUUGUGAGGAUGAAGUUUUUGCUGCUGCAGCAGAAGUACCUGGAAUACCUGGAGGAUGGCAAGGUCCUGGAGGCACUUCAAGUUCUACGCUGUGAAUUGACGCCACUGAAAUACAACACAGAGCGCAUUCAUGUUCUUAGCGGAUAUCUGAUGUGUAGCCAUGCAGAAGACCUGCGUGCAAAAGCGGAGUGGGAAGGCAAAGGAACAGCUUCCCGAUCCAAACUGCUGGACAAACUUCAGACCUAUUUACCACCAUCAGUGAUGCUUCCCCCACGGCGUUUACAGACUCUCCUGCGGCAGGCGGUGGAACUACAAAGGGAUCGGUGCCUAUAUCACAAUACCAAACUUGAUAAUAAUCUAGAUUCUGUGUCUCUGCUUAUAGAUCAUGUUUGUAGUAGGAGGCAGUUCCCAUGUUAUACUCAGCAGAUACUUACGGAGCAUUGUAAUGAAGUGUGGUUCUGUAAAUUCUCUAACGAUGGCACUAAACUAGCAACAGGAUCAAAAGAUACAACAGUUAUCAUAUGGCAAGUUGAUCCGGAUACACACCUGCUAAAACUGCUUAAAACCUUAGAAGGCCAUGCUUACGGCGUUUCCUAUAUUGCGUGGAGUCCAGAUGACAACUAUCUUGUUGCUUGUGGCCCGGAUGACUGCUCUGAGCUUUGGCUUUGGAAUGUACAAACGGGAGAGCUAAGGACAAAAAUGAGCCAGUCUCAUGAAGACAGUUUAACAAGUGUGGCUUGGAAUCCAGAUGGAAAACGCUUUGUGACUGGAGGUCAGCGUGGGCAGUUCUAUCAGUGUGAUUUAGAUGGUAAUCUCCUUGACUCCUGGGAAGGGGUAAGAGUGCAAUGCCUUUGGUGCUUGAGUGAUGGGAAGACUGUUCUGGCAUCAGAUACACACCAGCGAAUUCGGGGAUAUAACUUCGAGGACCUUACAGAUAGGAACAUAGUACAAGAAGAUCAUCCUAUUAUGUCUUUUACUAUUUCAAAGAAUGGCCGAUUAGCUUUGUUAAAUGUAGCAACUCAGGGAGUUCAUUUAUGGGACUUGCAAGACAGAGUUUUAGUAAGAAAGUAUCAAGGUGUUACACAAGGGUUUUAUACGAUUCAUUCAUGUUUUGGAGGCCAUAAUGAAGACUUCAUCGCUAGUGGCAGUGAAGAUCACAAGGUUUACAUCUGGCACAAACGUAGUGAACUGCCAAUUGCGGAGCUGACAGGGCACACACGUACAGUAAACUGUGUGAGCUGGAACCCACAGAUUCCAUCCAUGAUGGCCAGCGCCUCAGAUGAUGGCACUGUUAGAAUAUGGGGACCAGCACCUUUUAUAGACCACCAGAAUAUUGAAGAGGAAUGCAGUAGCAUGGAUAGUUGAUGGCGAAUUUGGAGCAGACGACUUCUGUUUAACUUAAAAUUAGUCGUAUUUUAAUGGCUUGGGAUUUGGUGCAAACAAACAUGAUUGAUAGCUGGACAGACAUGCUCGUCAUGAAAAAAAGAACCAUUUCUGAAGCCCGAUUGGGGCCAAACAUUUACACCUUGCUUCAUAGUAACCAGUUGAGAUGAAGCACGUCGUUAGAACGUUGUUGGACACCAUGUUGAAUUAUCCCCCCAUCGGUUGUGAAGAACUGUGCUACAUUCAGGCUUACCCAUUGAACUCAGUAUAUAUAUUUUUUUCCCUCCUGCCUUUUGUCUGGCGGGAUCCAUUCUUGUUGCUCUUCUGUGUAAUGAAGUUUAAAUGCUUGUUUGGAAAACUUUAUUUAACAGUUUAGAAGGCUUGAUAGAAAGAGUGCAUUAGUCUGAAGAGUAUACAUUGGAUAGGAAAGAAUUUCCUUCUUUUGUUUCUCCAAAUCUUUCCGCCUUAUUUAGCUUGAGAUCUUUGCAGCUUGGUUCAUGGAUUCUAGCCUUGCCCGUUGCGCAGUAUAUACUGAUUCAGAUGAUAAACCAGUGAACUAUGUCAAAAGCACUCUCAAUAUUACAUUUGACAAAAAGUUUUGUACUUUUCACAUAGCUUGUUGCCCCGUAAAAGGGUUAACAGCACAAUUUUUUAAAAAUAAAUUAAGAAGUAUUUAUAGGA